CUGGUACCUUUAUAAACAGAGAACCCUCUGUUAGCCUCUUCUAACAAUUUUUAUUACACAAACAAACAGAGGACCACUGUCGUAAUGUUAGCGCCGCCAGUAGCCGCCGCGUCCUCUGACAUCAAUUCGCCUUGUCUCUCGGCAUUCGAACGACCAAUGGAGAAAGCCCUUGUCUCCGAAUCAACUCUGAGUCAUCUUUUCCCCAACGAGUUCCCUUACGAGUUCGCUCUCACCUCCCCAGAGGACGUAACGGAGACGGAAGACGAAGAUGACUUCCUUGCCGGGUUGACUCGCAGACUCGCCCUCCCUUCCCCUCCUCCCAUCGACGAGGCUAAGGUGAAUUCGACUGAGUCAACUCGGAGUGGAAACAAGAGUCCCAACGGUCCGUUCUCGCAAGCCCUUUCACCGCCGGAAACUCCGUGCCGUAAAGACGACUCUGUGAAAGUUGUAUCUGCUGCAGCUGGAGAAGUCCCCAAGAUCAAAGUUGAUGCAAAACCCAACAGACGCCCACCAUUUCCUCAAAACGCGGCGUUUUACAACUACCAUUACUACUACUACUACUGGCUAAGGCAGACGCAACCCGCUCUGUCCACGUAUCACUAUCCCGUUGGAGGCGUUUUCGCCGCUCCAACCGCCGUUGCUGGUACCGGCGUUUUCACCGCUCCAACCGCGGUUGCUGGUACCGGCGUUUUAACCGCUCCAACCGCCGUUAAACAGCCGUCUGUUGGCACGGGUUUUUUCCUUCCCCGGAAUUGCACAAACCCUUCUGGUUCCCGUAAGAAAGCAGGUAAGUGUGUUAAGUUGCCGACAAAGGUUGUUCAGACAGAACAUCCUAAAACUGAAAAACUCUCUGGUGGGAUUCAAUCACGUUCGCAAGCUCAUCUUUCUGCAGGAUGUAGCAAACUCGACCGUGGUACCAAGUCUGCGGUAACUGGUGGCUGUCCCAAGGAAGAAAGUAAUCUUCCACAAGAAUGGGUGUACUGAUUUUAAAAAUAAUCAGGUUCUGUAAUGGUUUAGAUUUAUUGUGAGAUAGAUGGUUACUGGUUAUAGUAAAGAAUAAUUGUGUGGGGGAUUUAUUGGUUAUUGCUUAAUUUAUUUUUUUAAAUUAGGAUGAUAACAGAACUAGGUUUUAAUAAGACCAUUUUUUGGUGGUCUUUGGAGGAAUUUUCAGCUGCUCUUCCUUGGGUUAAGGUUGUCUUUGUAGUUGUAGUUGCGGCGCAACAGAAUAGAUGAUGAGUUGAGAGUACUUCAGGGUGUUUUCUGCUCCUUUUGGAAUCUAUGGGUUUGCAAUAAAGUAUUUAUAAUAUU